UUAUAAAUAUAAUACAUACACAACAGAAAGCCUCAACAAGCUUAUUGAUAAUUAGCCAUACAAAGAUGAAUAUCAAUAGCACAGAAGCACUUCUUGUGCUUUUUGCAUUUGUCUUCUUGGCAUGGGGCAAUGCACAAAAUACCCUUGUGCCAGCAAUCAUAACAUUUGGUGACUCGGCUGUGGAUGUUGGGAACAAUGAUUAUCUGCCUACCCUUUUCAAGGCUAACUACCCUCCUUAUGGAAGGGACUUUAUCAACCAUCAACCCACUGGGAGGUUCUGCAAUGGGAAACUAGCUACUGAUAUUACUGCUGAAACACUGGGUUUUAAGAGUUAUGCACCUGCGUAUCUUAGCCCUCAGGCAUCAGGGAAGAAUCUUCUUAUUGGAGCAAACUUUGCUUCAGCUGCCUCUGGUUAUGAUGAAAAGGCUGCUAUUCUGAAUCAUGCGAUUCCAUUGUCCCAACAGUUAAAAUAUUACAAGGAAUACCGAGGCAAGCUGGCCAAGGUAGUUGGCAGUAAAAAAGCAGCAUUGAUUAUUAAGAAUGCACUCUACAUAUUGAGUGCUGGCAGCAGUGACUUUGUGCAAAACUAUUACGUCAAUCCUUUGAUCAACAAAGCCUUCACUCCUGAUCAGUACUCUGCAUACCUUGUUGGUUCAUUUUCAAGCUUUGUUAAGGACUUGUAUAAAUUGGGAGCCAGGAAAGUUGGAGUGACUUCACUCCCACCUCUGGGUUGCCUACCUGCUGCAAGAACUUUAUUUAGUUUCCAUGAGAAAGGUUGUGUCUCGAGGAUCAACAAUGACACCCAAGGAUUUAACAAGAAAAUCAAGUCAGCUGCAGCAAAUCUCCAAAAGCAACUUCCUGGUCUUAAGAUUGUAGUCUUUGAUAUUUUCAAACCUCUCUAUGACCUUGUUCAGUCCCCUUCAAAAUUUGGUUUUGCGGAGGCAAGGAAAGGUUGCUGUGGUACUGGGAUAGUGGAGACAACAUCUUUAUUGUGCAAUCCAAAAUCACUAGGAACUUGCUCUAAUGCAACCCAAUAUGUGUUUUGGGACAGUGUCCAUCCUUCACAAGCUGCUAACCAAGUUUUAGCCGAUGCUUUGAUUGUACAAGGCAUAGCCCUUAUCACUUAAGGGCUCAUGAGGCCAUAAACGUACGUUCUAGCAGUGUACCACUAUUCAUCAUGGAAAUGAUGCACGCACCAGUUUGUUAUUUCUCCAGUCCGCAGAAGCCUGUAUUGUAGUAUUUAAUAAAAUCCUUAGAAAUUUUAUUUUAACUCGUUUUGGAGUACACUGGUUAUAUUAAUUUGUGUUUUUUUAAUCCUUCUUCAAGAAUUUAGUCAUGUUCAUCAUGAAAAUCAAUCCAAAUUUGAAAUACAAUUCUUGCUGC